UUCCAAAACUCAGUGCCAUUGGCUUUAGCUUUGCCCUUGAACUUGAAAUCUCGUGCCUUAUUCUUUCCUGGGGACUGGUGUUGGAUAUUGAACGGGCGGAGUUACCGCCGGGAUGAUGGAUGCAGGAGAUGAUGGCCUAAACUUGGCUGCGCGUAUUCUCAUUUUCGCGUGGCCUGCCACUAGUGUUUCGCAGAUUCACAAAGGGUGUCACAGGCAUAGCUGGAGGAAGAAAGGCUGGAUUCAUGCAGUUCACACUCCUGUGGAUUCGCUAGUGUUUGGUGGAAACUUUCUGCACAGUUUCAACAUAAGCGGUCAGCUUGCCGUGGCGGACAUUGAAGAAACUACUAAGGGUUCCGCAGAAGUUCCGCUUUCCCUUCUUCACGCAGCUCAUGUGGUACGCACUGGACAAGUACGUGCACUCUCUGCGUUACUACCUGGAACAGUUUCACGGGUACAAGCCUGAUGACAGUACCACCAUCACACCCACUGGCACCAUCGUCAUGGACGCCAUAGAUACUGUGGACAACACCAUCGACAUUGCAAUGGACACCACCAUUGACACUGCCAUGGACACAAGUACUAGCGGCAAGGAGAAAGAAGAGAGCAAUACUUGCCACACUGCUACAACUACUGCUGAUGCUACCGAGCCGAGUGAUGCGAAGUGUGAGACGGAGAGCGUUGCAACACCAGAGCCACCUGUUGCCGACGCUACCCCGGCAAAGUCCACACGCGUUGAGAAAGCGCACGUUUCCGACAGCCCGUCCUCCGCUAGUCCCAGAAUGCGGCGUCGCAAGGCUGCAAUCGCCGCGGCCGCUGCCAUUUCCAUCACCGUGGCAACACCGACGCGCGCCUCCUCAGCCGCCUCCGCCAGCUCCAGCCCGACACCAACGCGUGCAGCAGCAGACAGCGCAGCCGCCGUAGCCAGCUCCAGCCCUACCCCAUCGCGUGCCGCCUCCACCCCGUCGUCAUCGCUGGUGGUGCGUACCAGUGCUGAGUCGUCACCCAGUGCACUGACGGAUGAGACGCGGCCGGAUCAUCCUUGCAUCUCCACCAACUCCAGUGCCAAUACGGACGCAGCGAAGCUCUCUCCGGCGCCCACAUGUGCCGAGAUCCCACAGCUGUCAACGGAUGACACUGCAGCCCAGUCGCCAGCGGCAGCUGCUGCUGCUGCUUCGUCAGGAGACGGGAACAGCUCACAAGGCGGCAAGCCACCUCCAUCACCGCCAUCCUGCCCGCUCUCGGACAUGGCCUGUCUCAGCUCGUAUGAGAUUGAUGGCUUGCGACGGCUGCUGGCCGAGCUGAGCGUUUCCACGACGAUGGUGAGGGCGUGUCCCGAGGAGCUGGGGGAUCCUGGGGAGCUCAUGUCGACCGUGGAGAAUCUGCGUGUGUCGCCCGCACCAAUACCUGACAACAUUGUGGAAAUAGUGGCAGUUGAAACAGAGAUUGUAUGCAAGUCCUCAGCUGCUACUGCAUCUCCAAGAAAGACAGCAAGUAUAUCAUCUCGUGACGACCACAUUGAAGUCUGAAUUUGAAGUGGGAAGAUGCUUCAGCAACCACAUCGUACUUUUCCAUUGCUUUCAUUGUGCUUCUACUGUGCAUGGGUGUAACUUGUGGGGUAUAUAUGUGAUGACAUUGUAUGCUGGCGACACGGUCAGAUUUUGUCCAUGCGUGUAACGUACACCUGCAUGUUAUGCAUUGAAAAGGAUCUGCCACUUGCGAUCCUGGGACAAGUAUCAGGUCAGCUUUGUCUUGUGUGGGCUGUACCAGAUUGCUGUUCACUUUUCCAUCUGUUGGAUAUGUGACUUUCUGCAAGUCUCCGGUGUAUGGUGGCCACUUCUUUGCUUGUCACUUUGUAUGAUAUUACAGUCUGUAUUCGCUGCUUCCAUGGCGUGGUCUGCAAACUGCAAUCCUUGGGCAAAUGUCAUGUUUGCUAUGUUGUGCUUUGGCCGUCAGCUUGUCUACACGUUGUAGUUGAAUUAUUUUGUUCCACAACUGACUUCCUUAAGUACGGUGGCCACUGCUUUGCAUGGCAUUUUA